CCUGUCUUCCCCCUUCUAGAUAUCGCUGAUGUUUCUGUCAGACAGUGUCAACAGAGAUAUGAGGACAUGAAAACUCGUUCUCGCGGUAAUGAAUAUAUUUUCAAUGCAGAAUUUAUAACUGCCGAUUGUUCAAAGGAACUUUUGAUUGACAGAUAUCGAGACCCAGAAAUGUGCUUUGACAUCUGCAGUUGCCAGUUUGUCUGUCACUACUCAUUUGAGACCUAUGAGCAGGCUGACAUGAUGCUCAGAAAUGCUUGUGAGAGACUCAGUCCUGGAGGCUAUUAUAUCGGUACCACUCCCAAUAGCUUUGAACUGAUAAGACGCCUUGAAGCUUCAGAAACGGAAUCAUUUGGAAAUGAAAUAUAUACUGUGACAUUUCAGAAGAAAGGAGAUUAUCCAUUAUUUGGCUGCAAAUAUGACUUCCACUUGGAAGGUGUUGUGGAUGUCCCUGAAUUCUUGGUCUAUUUUCCUUUGCUAAAUGAAAUGGCAAAGAAGUACAAAAUGAAACUAGUCUACAAAAAAUCGUUUCUGGAAUUCUAUGAAGAGAAGAUUAAGAACAGCGAAAAUAAAAUGCUGUUAAAACGAAUGCAAGCCCUGGAGCCAUAUCCUACACAUGAGAAUUCCAGACUUGCCUCUGAGAAGGUGGAUGACUAUGAACAUGUGGCAAAGUACAUGAAGAACACUCAAGUAAAGUUACCCUUGGGAACCUUAAGUAAAUCAGAAUGGGAAGCUACCAGUAUUUACGUGGUGUUUGCAUUUGAGAAGCAGCCGUAAGCACGUGUGCAGUAGCAUCAGAACAGCUGUUGCAUCCUUACGCAGUUGUGGAUGAUCCAUCUGAGAUAGACUGGACAACUUUCCGUUUGCUGCUUUUCAUUUCUAAAUGUGCAGAAUGCUGCCUGGAAACUCCAGCGGAUAAAUUUGACCCUGCCGUCUGUGACAGAUGAACAUUUGUGUGUGUGUGUGUGUGUGUGUGUGUGCGCGCGUGUGUAUGAGUGGGGACCUUUACAAAUCUUACUUGUACGUAAUGUCCUCAGGAGUCCAUUUGCCUGUACUGUCUUAGCUCAUCAAAAUUGUAAUAGUACAUGUAAGAGCUGCUGACAUCGUUCCACGGUGCUCUGAUUUCCUCACUGUUUCUUUACGGUAUUAAAGUUAUUGCAGUGGUGGAAUUGAUGAGGGAACACACUGGUUUGGGUGUGGGUGGGGUGCGGUGUGACCAUUUCUGUAUUUUUGUUAUUAUAUAUAAUGUUUUUCGAGAUCAAGUGGAUAGCAUUCUGUGCAGGCUAAUGUACGUCUUCAAUAUGUGUUGCUGAGUUGUGGUUAAAACAAUUUUGGGCUGUCAUAAAAGUCACUUACCUUGGAAUUUCAGCCAGUUGUGACUAGUCAUUAUAAAUAGCAACUGCCUUAUUUGCUGGUAUGAUGCAAUUCUGGAACUAAAUAGAACUUUUUAGAUCACAGCAUAUAAUCUUGUGGGUUGGGGGGUGGGGGGGGCGCGAGAAGGGCUUCUCUCAUACGAUAUCCCAAAAGAUUUAUAUUUCCAAGUGUGAAGACUGAUUUGUGUUACUUAUCUUCAUUGAACAAAACUGCUGUACUUCUCCUCGAUGUUAGAUCCAGGUUCCUGAUGCUACGUCCUUCUAGAUCCGUUGCCCCAUGCAGCCCAGAAAGAAGCCCUGCCUGUCCCUCUGUUUCAAGGGGGUCCUUUUCACAGUAGGAGCGGGCAUCUCAUCCCCAUUCAGAAUUUGUAAUUGUCGUAUCAGAACUGUUGGAGUACUUCAGCCCUGGCUCCUUGCUUGAUGGCAUUUCCACAGCUGCCCCCCGGGGAAACUGUUGUCCUUACUUGCAUCUCUGUAUGGAAAGGACACCUGCCCUAUGAUAGGUGUGAAAUACUUACAGGCGAUUAUUGCAUUAUGUUUUUUAGAAGUCACUUAAUUAUGUAAUGCAUGGCUUAAAAAGACAUUACCUUCUAUGAUUAUCUAUCGUGCUGGUUAAAAAAGCAGUUUAGUCUCCAUUUAUUUGUAUAGGUUGAUCGUUCAGUGUUAGAGUAGCAGAUCUUUUAUCAAGGGAACUCAGUUUACCUAAUUUCCGUUGCUUUUACAAUCUCCAUCUCCAAACUGUUUCCAGUUUGCAAAACUUGAGUGCUUUGCCUUAGUGGUGCUUUGACCUAAAGUCACUUGGGGGAGUUUAACAGUAGUACAUCUGACUAAGGUGGCUGCCAUUAUCUUGCUAAGGGUUGAGCAGCCGUGCUGGGGGAGGUGGGAGUGGAGAGCCCUUAGGAUUACAUGAUGGAAGUGCAUUUCACUUCUGGGGGAACUACCAAAAAAUAUCUGCGUAGGGCAGAGUGUGGAAAGCUUCCGAUGGCGUCUUAAUCCUAAAUAAGUGAUCAAACUGUUUUUAGCUUCCUUUGCCCUGUCCACUCCGUGGAUGAUGGGAGUGAUGUGGAGGGAUGAAUCCCCCCAAGGGAUGGUGUGAGCAAGCUUGCUGGUGAUAGCAAGCAGAGAGAAAAGAAAGGUGGAGUCCCCAGGGCUUUCAGUGUGUAGACAGGAACACACGUUCUGUGUGGGGAGGGAGAUAGGUGAGGUGGCGAGGUGCUUCUGCCACUUGCCUUUUGCCUUGCGCUUUGCUGGCCUUGCCUUUGUUGUUCUUCCCUCCGCUCCCAGAUGUCUCCUGUCUCCAGCGGCAAUGAAGUGUCCAGGUAGUGACUAGGGAAGAACUGUUUGGCAACGGCAGCCUCUGCCCCCAUCUCCCAUCAGCAAGGGAGGACUUGUUGGUAGGACAUCCCCUAUGUCCAGUCCCCUGCCCCUCCCCCAACACUCCCGGCAGUCUAAGCAUUGGAGGGAUUUUCCAGGCGAGACUGGUAGCUGCUAAGAGAGGGACGUGACUGUUCACUCCUGGGGCAGUGAUGUAAGCAGAUCCUGGCAGUGAACGCAGGACGCUCCCAGACCUGCCCUUCAAUUUGUCCUCUACGAGUGUCAGGUAGAACUGAAGAUCAGAUCAGCCGUUUGUGGAAAAGACAGCCUGAGAUCAGUGUGAUUGAUCUGGGAACAUGGCUGGAUUGUGGCAGAACUGAGAAUUCCCCAUUGAAUUCGGGCCUACUGUUAUGCCGAAAGGAAAGGUGCCCGUAGCCUGUGCGUUCGUGGAAAGAAACUGGCCAUUUCCACACCUCACCCUCACCUGCAGACCAGCCAGGGUGUGACUGCUCCUCCACCUGCCUCUACUUGUAGCCUGACUCCC